AUGUUGGUAUUCGUUGUUGGUCCGAUCACGAUUAUACUCAACAACCGAGUCUGGGCUGCUCUCUUUGAUGCCAUCACGGCCUUCAGCUUCACGGCUGCUUAUCUUAUCAUAUCUGGUCACAUACUUCUACCCGAUAACAUGAUAGGCGUAGAUCGCUACUUGCUUGAGAUCGCCAAGAAUCCCGAGCUAACCCGUGUCCAGAGGCGCACAUCUCUCCGUUACUAUGUUAUCGCUCUCAUCUCGUGGACCAUUGGUAUCAGUGGCUUCGUCUAUGUGGCGAUAACACAGUUCAAAGGUGACUGUAACGAGCUCAUCCCCAACUUCGACUCUGACCUCAUAAACCGGGUUGCCCUCUCCGCGGUUGCCUCGAAGAAGAAGGUCGAACUGACCGGGCGUUUGUUCUGGCACGGUUUUUUCACGCUCGAGGCCUUGGAUACUGUUCUGCAAAUUAUUCGUCUGGUUGAACUGGGCGGCCGUUCUUUCACGGGGGAGAGAGUUAUUGUGGCGGACCGUACAGCUAUCAUGACCCAGGCUACCCUGAUAAUGUUGGUGUUCGUUGUUGGUCCCACGACACUCAUACUCAACAACCGAGUCUGGGCUGCUCUGUUCGACACCAUCGUCGCCUUCAGCUUCACGGCUGCUUAUCUUAUUAUAUCUGGUCGCAUAUUCCUGCCUGACACUUGGCCAGACUUGCGCUUCGAGACGUUCGUCUCCUUCCUCUCGAGUCUCGUCCCCGCUAUUUUAUCACUAGAUAACGUGAUAGGCGUAGAUCGUUACCUGUACGAGAUUGCUAAGAAUCCAGAGCUAACUCGCGGUCGUAAGCGGACAUGUCUUCGAUCCCGCAUCAUCGUCUUCAUCUCGUGGACCAUUGGUAUCAGCGGCUUCGUCUAUGUGGCGAUAACACAGUUCAAAGGUAACUGUAACGAGCUCAUCCCCAACUUCGACUCUGAGUGUCUGGUUCCGGUAUAUCCAAUCCUAGAUUCCCAAUCUUGUGAUUGUCGGAUGGCUUUUGUGUAUCUUGAUGCACCAUGUGUCGAAGAAGAUAUGACUCGUGUACUAUUUUACAACAGAUUGCAAUACUUGAGCAUAUCCGACCGGAAUACAGCUCCAUCAACCUCGUGUAACAAUCAGCAAGAGGCUCUCUUCAAUGCAGUCUCGAAAUUAAGCGAACUCGUGGUUUUGAAUUUGGUAGCAGUGCCAAUAGAAUCGCUGAGCAUCGGAGCACUGACAAAGAUGGAGGUUAUGGCUGCAACGGCUACACCGUUGGCCAUAGUCCCUGAUGAUGUGCAUCUACGACUACCCUCCAUCCGGUCCUUCCAGUUCGAGCUUUCCCAAAUACAAGAAUUACCAUUCGAUUCGCUCCGACAGAUGCGUUAUCUCGAGUAUAUUGGGUUGGCUGGUAGCCCAAUAUGUAGCGGUGUCGACUUCCCCGAAUGGACAGAUGGGAUCAUAGAUUGCGGUCUGGGGUACGACGAAACGUGUGUGGUUGACGAGUCGCUGUCAAAACUAUCGCAAACGAUCACAGGGUAUUGUCGAAAAUGGAUAUCGAGUGGCGCUCCUACAAUAUGCUUACCAUCUUGUGAUAUCACUCACGAGACUCUCGUGUCGACGGACGUUGAUGGCAGUAACACUUUAAGUGUUCAGGAGAAUACAGCAAUUCUGCAGUCUUUCGGUUUGGUCCCACAAGGGACCGAGAUGAGUGCGGCAUUUCAUCAAUGCGUCAUGAGAUCAUGCGGGAAGGACCCUUCAGAUGAACUAGCAUUUGAUGUUGCUUCAGUGAUUUUCCUCCUCGGCAAGUCCAACUGCGAAGAAUGUGAUUCUUGA